AUGGGGGCACAUCCUGUGCUGCACGGACACGCUCCCAUCCCGGGUGUCCUCAGGCCUCGCACGGCACACGUGAAAGGAGCUGCAACACAGACCAAGCAUGGAGGAGAUUCUGCUUUGGAGGCGAAUGUGUUGGAAAAUUACUGUCCUUGUGCAGUGCCUGUGGGCCUGGGGCAGUGCAGGAGCAGUAUAAAAGGGAGCCCUUCUCCUGGCUCUCUCAUUCACUCCUCUCACCUCCAUCUCCUUGGGAUCAAGGUGCAUCUGCAGCCCCAAGACAUGUCCUGCUACACCCCGUGCCGGCCCUGCCAGCCCUGCGGCCCCACCCCGCUGGCCAACAGCUGCAACGAGCCCUGUGUCAGGCAGUGCCAGGACUCCACCGUCAUCAUCGAACCCUCGCCCGUGGUGGUGACCCUGCCCGGCCCCAUCCUCAGCUCCUUCCCACAGAACACCGCCGUGGGAUCCUCCACCUCAGCUGCUGUUGGCAGCAUCCUCAGCUCUCAGGGAGUGCCCAUCAACUCCGGGGGCUUUGGCCUCUCGGGCUUGGGCAGUGGCCUCUGUGGCACGAGGUGCCUCCCCUGCUGAAGCUGCUGGUGACGG